AGCAAACACACUCUAUCGAUUGCACAAGAGGCGUAUUUGCACGGGUAUGGUAACAGUCUAAAGUAUUGUAGCGCGUACGUCGCUUUUCCCACCGCUGCGAUUCCUGCAUGAACGGCACCAUGAGCGGGACCCUCCGCCGGCCCAAGUCCCUCCAAGCCCUGAACCUCCCCAGCCCCACGGGUAAGAAGGGUCUUGUCGGUACCAGCAGCAGCACAACUACUAUCACCAUCACCAAGGACAACGCUCUGGGCGGGCAAAAGGGCGAGAAGGACCGCAAGGUUUCCAUGGUGACGGUGUCCCACUACCGUUCGUACGUUGGUUGGCUGCUGGGUCUGAAGGACACGGUAACUGUCGCCUACACCACACCACAGAACCUCCGGAAGAGCCUACAGGACAUCUUCUGUCUCGGUGUCCUGUCCGGCAGGUUAGACAAUCUGUAUACUAUCAUAAAGUGUGUACAACACCAGAAAUGA